AUGCAAGAAACAGAAAAUCUACCAGAGGGUUUCAAGAAUGUUCAACAUUCUUUAGGCUCAUAUAUCAAACAAAGGCAAGAGGCAACCCAUAUUCGACGCGUUUUGGCCGCCCAUCUAAAGUCCACCCUCGAUCCAGAUGGGCAAAAUCCUUUACCUAGGCCAUUAUCUCUCAUAGACAUUUCGUGCAAUAUUGAAUCAACACCCCAUGGUGUGAGAGGUCUACAGAAAGAGUAUCUACGUUGUGUACGGACGAAUAUCACUGCGAGGAGGGAAUACGCCCAGACCUGUAAAGCACAUCAAGUAAAAGGGCAAGAUUAUGCCCGCACGAGUCUUGGAAACGAUACAAUUGGCGACCCCAUGGACCGUUUCCUUGGCCUUGUCAAGCAACAGCAAAAGCAUGAGGCCUUAUGCAUCAUCCAAGAUUACGUCGAUAUGCUCAGCCAAAAGCCUACAGCUGCACCCGGAUUUCUGGACCUCAAGGAGGUGUUAAAAGAUGUGGAGUCUCUUCCCCAAGUUCCACCAGAGGUUUUGAGAGUUUCCGGUACCCAACAACGAUCCGGUGGCGUCGAUCUGAAAGAUCUUGUGGAUCAGCUUGAAAAGUCAGUACUGAGAGCGAAAUUGCUCUUGAAAAGAGAGCAGAGGCUUCUCGCGAAAGUCAAACCAGAGCAAAAAAGUCCGCCUGUCAAAGAAACCGGAAGGUUGCAAGCGCUUGGUACCGCAAGGAACGAGUUGAUCAAUUGGAUCGAGGCAGAGCUUUCUCGAGCAGGCGAAAGCUCCCCAGACGAGGAUGAUGUGAAUACAAUUUCCAGACCCGAGAAGAGAAGCACAGGGUGUAUAGAUGGCCAACUCGCAACAGUCCAACAACAAUACUCUCAAUACACGAAAGUAAGACAAAAGCUAGUCUUGACAGUGACUGGGAGGUUGCAGCAUGGAGCUCAAAUAACGCCCGAUGAAGAACCAGACUUACCAGUUGAGGUAUUGGAAUCUAUAGGCGUUAAUGAGCUGAGUCACGUCGUGUAUCCUUACCUGGAAGAGCUGGUCGCUGUUGCCAAUGAGCAGAAAGCUAUCAUUCAGCUGAAAUCCCAUCUCACAAUCAAUUUAGCAAAGCAACUCAAGACAUCCAGUCAAUGCCUAGAACGCCUUGCACAUGAGAGUCAUUUGCUCCCGGCACAUCCAAUGCCAGCGGGUUCAUCGCAUCGCAAAGGUCUUUCUCUAGAGUCAUCAUUUGGGGACGAGAUAUCGAAGCAUGAGAAACCAGACUCAUCUCGAAGAGCUAGAGCCUGGGUCUAUGCAUCAGAGUCGGCCGCAAAUGUGAUGAAAGAGAAGAUAUUGGAAAAGUUGGAGGAGGGUAGCAUGGCAAUUGAUGAAAGUCGGCAAACCAUGCUUGAGUUGCAGCGUCUCCUUGGCGACGAUACGGACGUUCUUUGCGGGGACAAAGACGACGAAUUUUCGACUCAAAAAAUCACAACGAAUUCGAAAGAUAUAUGGUCGAUUAUUGAUGGGUCUUUAGGUGUCAUCAAACAGGGUGACGGAGCCGUGGCUUAA